AUGUCUGCUGCCAGCUGUCUGCUAUCUGAAGAUCAGUUUCUGUGCUGCAUCUGUCUGGAUGUGUUCACUGAUCCAGUCACCACACCAUGUGGACACAACUUCUGCAGAAACUGCAUCAAUGAACACUGGAACAGUAAUGUCCAGUACCUGUGUCCGAUGUGUAAAAAGGUUUUCUACACAAGACCUGAGCUUCACGUCAACACUUUCAUCUAUGAGGUUGUUUCUCAGUUCAGACAGGAAGCUCAACAGGAAGCCAGCAGCAGCAGCUCAGAGCAACAAGCUGCCAAACCAGGAGAAGUUCCCUGUGACGUCUGUACUGGAACCAAACUGAAGGCCCUGAAAUCCUGUCUGGUGUGUCUGGCCUCCUACUGUGAGACUCACCUGGAGCCUCAUCUGACAGCUUCACGUCUGAAAAGACAUCAGCUGAUGGACCCUGUGGAGAACCUGGAAGACAGGAUGUGUAUGAAGCACGAUAAACCUCUGAAGCUGUUCUGUAAGACCGACCAGACAUGUGUCUGCGUGCUCUGCUCUGCUUUAGACCACAAGACACAUGAGUUUGUUCCUCUGAAAGAAGGAUAUGAAGGAAAGAAGGCAGAGCUGGGGAAGACAGAGGCUGAAAUUCAGCAAAUGAUCCAGAAGAGACGACUGAAGAUUCAAGAGAUCAAACACUCAGUUGACCUCAGUAAGGAAGAUGCAGACAGAGAGAAAGCAGAAGGUCUUCAGGUCUUCACUGCUUUGAUGAAGUCUGUUGACAGAAGCCUGAAUGAGCUCAUUGAGACGAUUGAAGAGAAGCAAAGAACGACAGAGAAACAGGCUGAAAACUUCAUCAAAGAGCUGGAACAGGAAAUCUCUGAGCUGAACAAGAGAAGCUCUGAGGUGAAGCAACUCUCACUCUCUGAAGACCACCUCCACCUCCUCCAAAACUUGAAAGCUGCUCCACCCACCAAGGACUGGACAGAGGUCAGCCUCUGUCCACCAUCUUAUUGGAAGACUGUGAAGAGAGCUGUGACUCAGCUGGAGGAGACGCUCAGUAAAGAGAUGAAGAAGCUGCUUGAGGCCGAGCUGAAGAGGAUCCAGCAGUAUGCAGUGGAUGUGACUCUUGAUCCUGAUACAGCAUAUCCCGAACUCGUCCUGUCUGAUGAUGGGAAACGAGUAAAUCAUGGUGAUGUGGAGAAGAAUCUUCCAGACAACCCAAAGAGAUUUUCUUACUGUGCCAAUGUUUUAGGAAAGCAGAGUUUCUUAUCAGGCAGAUUUUACUUUGAGGUUCAAGUUAAAGGGAAAACUGAAUGGGAAUUAGGGCUGGCCAGAGAGUCGAUCAACAGGAAAGGAGAAAUCACACUGAGACCUCAGGAUGGUUACUGGACUAUAUGGUUGAGAAAUGGAUAUGAAUACAAAGCUCUCGCUGGUCCUUCAGUCAGUCUCUCUCUGAAGUCUCAGCCUCAGAAGGUGGGGGUGUUUGUGGAUUAUGAGGAGGGUCUGGUCUCCUUUUACGACGUAGAUGCUGCAGCUCUUAUCUACUCCUUUACUGGCUGCUCCUUCACUGACAAACUCUACCCAUACUUCAGUCCCUGUCCUAAUGAUGGUGGUAAAAACUCCGCCCCUCUGAUCAUCUGUCCUGUCAAUCAAACUGAGUAGAGUAAUCACCUGUUUUAUGUCAUAAAUGUGUCUUUGUUUUUGAAGAGAGUAAAUAUACAAACACAUUCUGGUUUAUUAUGAGACACAAAGUUUCCAAAAAAAACAAAAGUUUCAGUUUGAAGUGAAACCACAGAAAACAAAGUGAAUAUUUCACAGACAAACAUUCUCAGGCUCCAUCUUUUUAAAUGUGAGGUUUUGAUGCUACUCUCUGCUCUGUAUGAUGGUAACUGGAUUAUUUUUGGGUUUUGGACUGUUGGUCAGACAAAACAUUCAGACAACAUGAGCUCCUAGUUGCAGCUCUACAGUUGAUUAAUAGAAUAUGUGUAUAAUGUGUAUAAAGGAUUUUCUUAUCUUGUCUGAGGUUUGUUUAGUUUCUGUCUACUUUGGCCAAAUUGCUUGUUUGAAUUCUGAAUAGAUUGAUUAUGAUUUAAAGAAAUCUGUAAAUGAUUGU